AUGCAUAUCAUUGACUUGGCCACGAUCCCCGAUUUGGCCAUUGCCUUGUUACUCGACUGGACGGAUACAAACCGCCUGAUCGACCUUCCGAGCCGUCCUGCGAGGCUGGAGUGGCUUGGCCGGGCUUACAGGGAUUGGGUCGGGAAUGAUUCGGAUAGAGUGUCUGCCAAAUUUUUCACCACAGAAGUUCUGAAGCCGGGUGGAACUUCCUACGCAUCAGUUUCGCAGCAUUAUAUAUCCGCCGCAUCAGCCCGUGGGUUGCUCAUUUUCCUGGAGAAAAUGGCACGGCAGUUUGCCGAAGAGCACGGCACCGAGGAUGAUUUGCUGCGUGCUGGGCUUUGUGGUGGUCUACAGCAGCUACAGCAUAUCAUGCUCAGCAAUGGGAGGUUGCUGGAUGAGGCAAGCAAGGUGAGCUGCGAGCACUACUACACAUUGUUCAGAGCUGCGCUAAACAAUCUCGCUGUGCAGGCCGAAGAGAGCAAGCAACUGAGGUAUCAUCUACGCCCCAAGCUUCACCACCUAGAACACCUAGUUCUAGAUCACUGUCGACAGGGUCGCAAUUACCGGUACACUUCGUGCUAUCUAGGAGAGGACAUGGUCCGUCUCAUGAAGAGGAUCGCCCUGAAAUUGCACCCGCUGGUUUGUGGCACUCGGGCGAUAGAUCACUACACCCUUCACGUGUGCCUUAAAUGGGCUGGGCUCUUGGAU